AGUUCUAAGUCACGUGUUUCGCUGUAGAAAGUUUGACAAGUUUGUCGACAUUCGUCCUCGCUUUUCCACACAACACAUGUCCUUGCGUGUCAUUCUUUCUUGUAUUUUUGUUUCGUUGAUAAAGAAAUCGGACCCUCUGACCGGAAUCGACCUCUUAGCUCCCAGCGAACACAUUGGAAAACACUAAACAUGGAAAUCGUGCAGAAAGUCUUGUCGGGUUUUAGUCUUGAUCUGGGUCCCCUGAAAGAGCCACUGGGGUUUAUCCGACUGUUGGAGUGGGUUUUCACCAUAUGUGCCUUUGCCACCACUGGUGGUUAUGUUGGAUCCAGUGUCUUCAGCAUAACCUGUGGGGGUGAAAGUAUUGCUCAACCCGUGACUGCUCAGUUUGCCUAUCCGUUUAGGCUUCAGAGUUCACCAUAUUACAUCCCUAAUUGCCAUAACGGCACAAACAAGACGUACAUGCAGGGAGAUUUCUCGUCCUCGGCUGAGUUCUUCGUCUGUGUGGGAGUCUUCGGCUUCCUGUACUGUACUUUCACUCUUGUCAUGUAUGUGGGCUAUCAGCAGCUCUAUAGAGAAUCUAACCGUGGCCCGAUCAUUGAUCUGAUUGUGACCGGAAUCUUUGCUUUCUUAUGGUUGGUCUCAUCUUCGGCCUGGGGAAAAGGUCUAACGGAUGUGAAGUAUGCCACUGAUCCCAACCACCUAGUAACAGCCUGUCCUCCAAAUCUCUGCCAUGUAUUAAACCACCCUUACAUGGGCCGUCUCAAUGCUUCUGUGCUUUUUGGAUUCCUAAACCUCAUAUUGUGGGCAGGGAACUGCUGGUUUAUCUACAAGGAAACUCCAUUUCAUAAGCCUCCUAAUCCACCAGUCGGCGACGAGCAUGGAGUUUCAAGCUCUUAGUUAGACAAACACAGCUCGUUCCUCUCCUCGUGAGUCAUUCAGAAAGCAGAGGACCCUACAGUGUGUUUAUGUUGACGUGUCAAGAGAAACUACACUAUCAGUUGCAAAGGCUUUAUUUCUAGCUUCACAAAUUGCAGUUCACUACAUUAUAAAUGCUAUAAGCUGAAUUUACGUCUCAUUUCACCCACUGUUUUUUCUUUUUUUAUGAUAGUUUCACUGACGCUUUAGUGUCUGUUUUGAUGGCACUGACAGAAGCAAAUGUUUUCAGGUAGGUCAUGUUAUGCAAUGACAAAAAAGAAACCCAAAUUUUUAAUUCAAGCAAGUGUUUAAAAUUCUGCUACAUUUGCAAAUACAAAGUUGAUGGACAGUGCGAACUCAUGGUUAUUAGUUUUGUAUGAAUGUAUUUAAUUGGGUACAAAGAUGACCUACGAUUAUACAAAAAUAUUGACAUUUCUCCUUCACAAUCAGACCUCAUGAGAAACAGGCAUUAUGUUUUACAGCUCUGAUGGAAUGUUUUGUCUCGGAGCACUUAAAACACUCACACACUAAUAUCUUGUUUCAGAUAUUUACGUCUUUCCUUAGUUUUUAAGAACUAUUUAUUUGGUAAAGUGCCUUUACAUUGACACGAUAGGAUGUUUUUGCACAUCCAAAACACAUCUAAGUUACCAUGUAUUUGUCAGAGAAGGACUGAACAUGUCUUUUUGAAAACUUGCUUUGUAACUUUUUAAUGUUUGAGUGAAUUCUUUGAUUUACGUCUUUGGUCCUUAGUGGAAUUUGAUCGGAAGUUACUUUACCAAAGGCUAUUAUUCAGUUUUGAAUAUGUAAACCGUAAACACUAGUCAUUGUUCAGAUUUUUUUUUCUUCUGUAUGAAGUAGUGAUGUCAUUAUUUUGUAUUUGGAUCUUUUUUGACUUGACAUUGUAAAUGAAUCGCGUGGCUGAAAGUCAUUUAAUGAUUUGCAUCUCUGUCAUGUUUUUUCACCUUAAUUUUAGCUUGGUGGUUUUUUUUACUUUGGGUCAAUCAAAAAAUGUGAGCGAAUUCAGUUAAAUGUUAUACUAUUAGCAUCAUCAUUACAUUGUAAAGUCUGUCUGUAUAGAAAAUAAUUUGGUAUAUAGAAUAAUUUGUUUUAAUCAUCUGAUUUGAGUAUAUAGUGCCCAUCUAAAAAUAACAACGCAUUCACUUAAUUAAUAAAUUAAUAUAAAUGAUAUCAGACAUUAUGAAUGAUAGUUAGGUUGUGAUUAAAGGUGAAAAUAUUUAAACCAACAAAAUUCUAGUAAAUCUUAUAAUAGUAUAUUUUAAAGUCACAUGCCAACUUGAUACAUUUUUGGAAGAACUGCCAUUUUUUUCCAUUUCGAUAUGACAUGUGGAAAAUAUAGGCCCACGUUUUGUGUUUGUUUGUGUCUUUAUGCUGCGCUCGGUUGAAAAAACUUCUCUACCAAGGGUGUUCGCAGCUUUAGUUUGUAUUAAAGACGAGAUGUGUAAA